AUGGGGGGACAUGAUACUCUUUCUUGGUCUGAGACAUGGUGUCUUCUGUUUCUUGGGGGGCUUGGUCUAGGCAUUCUCACAAGUACCUUCCAAGGUGAUGGCGCGCCUGUGGUAGCUGCCAUUGCUCUCUCACUCAUCGCCUUUUCAGUCACAUUCAGUAUGAUCAGAUGGCUUGGACCAGUAUUCAUGAAGGCAGGUCUCAAGGGAAAAGAUAUGGCAAAGCCUAAGAAACCGGAAAUACCAGAGACAAUGGGUGCCGUUUGCGCGGUUGUCUAUCUGCUUGCGCUCAUUGUCUUUAUUCCUUUUGCUUUUUACAAGGACAUUGUUGCCGCAACUUCGGGAGGAGGCAACCGAGAUGUUGUCAUCGAAGUGCAGCAUAUUGAGACUGGUCGAUUUCUUCACAGAUUUCCCCAUGGGAAGCUUGCAUCGUACCUAUCUGGCCUCCUGUCCCUUCAAUGUAUCGUCAUUUUAGGGAUCGGUGAUGAUCUUCUUGACAUUCGCUGGAGGCACAAAGUCUUGAUUCCCGCAUUUGCUGCGAUUCCCAUGCUAGUUGUCUACUUGGUAGACUUUGGGGUCACUCAUGUGGUCGUGCCUGUGCCUUUGCAGCCAUACUUGGGCGGCUUUAUCGAUCUGGGCUGGCUCUACUACAUCUACAUGGCAGCUAUUGCAAUUUUCUGUCCCAACGCCAUCAACAUGCUGGCAGGCAUCAACGGGAUUGAAGUUGCCCAAUCACUCGUCAUCGCGGUAUUGUUGCUGCUCAACGAUGCAUUGUACCUGGCACCCAUCAGCCCAUACCCACAUCCUGCCACCGACUCACACUUAUUCUCGAUUUACUUUCUUCUGCCUUUCAUCGGUGUGUCUGCAGCACUUCUGUGGCACAAUUGGUAUCCUUCCAAGGUCUUCGUCGGAGACACGUACUGCUAUUUGGCCGGAAUGGUCUUUGCUGUGGUUGGAAUCCUCGGACACUUCAGCAAAACCCUGCUGCUCCUGUUCAUUCCUCAGAUCUUCAAUUUUGUAUAUUCAACGCCUCAGCUGUUUCACCUGAUCCCUUGUCCUCGCCAUCGACUGCCCAGGUUCAAUGCGUCCACUGGACUGAUUGACGCCUCUGUCACGGAAUGGACGCAUCCACCUUCACCACUGAUCGCGUUUUCCUUGGAACUUUUACACAAGCUUCACUUGGUCCGCGUUCAAAGAAACUCCAGUGGCCAGAUCAUCGAGUCAACCAAUUUGACAAUACUGAAUCUCUGGCUCGUUUGGAUGGGCCCAAUGAGGGAAGAUCGACUUGCGUGGCACAUGAUAGGUGUUCAAACGACGUGUGGCUUGCUUGGUCUCUUUGCGCGGCAUCGCUUGGCCUUGUUGGUCUUCAACCAAGACAACCGGUCUUUCCAGUCUGUGGUAUAG